AUGGCUACGUCUUCCAGUGACGAGGAGACUGCUCGACGAAAGUCAACAAGACGACGUCGCAAUCCGUUAGAUGAGCGAUACUGGGAACUUGGCGAGCCGCCAAUGUCACCGGUAGUAACUUACAAUAUACUUACAACGGUUUCUAUUUAGGAUGAAAGAGAUUCCGAUCAAGAAUCAGUAGACACUCUACCUGCAAGAAGAGAGCGCAAAGACACAGGUAAGGCUAUAUCAAACUAAUUUUCGUUGCAGUAUGCUAUGACCCGUCAUGCCGGGCAAUAAUUUCUGAAAUGCAGGCCGAGAUAAAAAAAAACAGGGCAAACACAUCGUGUAUCUGCGUAAACAACUAGCCUGGGUUAUCAAAAGCAACUUGAAAAUCUUGGAAAACCAGCAUACAAUGCUGGUUAAUGACAUUCGGAGACAACCGGCCCCUGGAAGCACGGAGGCCGCCUUUCCUACCAAUCCCCUAAGGCGGCCCAUAAGUACAAAGUCCGACUUCCAGGAGGUUAACAGCAGACUCCAUGACCCCCAGGUUAAGUCGCAGCUGGUAAGGCUAAGCGAACUUUAUGACAUUCAUAGACGCACUUCCUCGUAUGCCUCGGUGGGCGCAACACCGACGACUUCGUUAAGAGGGUAUUUUAUGCCCUCUUUGAUGACGAGGCGUGCAUGCACGUCAAUUUCCGCGGAAAAAAAACAAAGGAGGGCCUGUGUGGGUCACAGGUUUACGAGGUGAUAAAGGGUAGGCCCUUGCUUAAAUGUAACUCUGCAUGGAAAACAGACGUUUAUGCUGCCUGGAACAAGGGAGGCAGAGUGGAUGCUUAUGAACUGGAGGCCGCCUUCACAAGGCGGCUGAAGAGAUCGCUGGACGCUCUUCGGAAAAGGCGAUCUCGGCCGGAUUCCCUAAUCGAUGACUCUGACGGUAAGUGAAACUGAAGUAUUAUUACACAUACUUGGUUUAGAACCCUCAACAGAACCCACGUCGUCCCGGCCGCGAGAGGAUUAG